AUGGUGUUAUCAGAAAAAGUGAACCAGCUGAUGGACUGGACCAGUAAAAGAUCCGUUAUUCGCAUGAAUGGAGACAAAUUUCGGCGCUUUGUGAAGGCACCACCCAGAAAUUACUCGGUGAUUGUGAUGUUCACUGCUCUUCAGCCUCACAGACAGUGUGUUGUGUGCAAGCAAGCUGAUGAGGAAUACCAGAUUCUGGCAAACUCCUGGCGAUACUCCAGUGCAUUUACCAAUAAGAUUUUUUUUGCCAUGGUAGAUUUUGACGAAGGCUCAGAUGUGUUUCAGAUGCUGAACAUGAACUCUGCUCCCACCUUCAUUAACUUCCCUGCUAAAGGGAAGCCGAAGCGGGGUGACACGUAUGAGCUUCAAGUGCGGGGCUUUGCAGCUGAGCAGCUCGCUCGCUGGGUGGCCGACAGAACCGAUGUCAACAUUCGUGUGAUAAGGCCACCAAACUAUGCGGGGCCGCUGAUGUUAGGACUGCUGCUGGCUGUCAUCAGUGGCCUCGUGUAUUUGCGUGGAAGCAACCUGGAUUUUCUGUACAACAAAACUGGCUGGGCUUUUGUUGCUUUGUGUUUUGUGUUAGCAAUGACAUCAGGCCAGAUGUGGAACCACAUCAGAGGCCCACCCUAUGCUCAUAAGAAUCCUCAUACAGGACAAAUGAGCUAUAUCCAUGGAAGCAGCCAAGCCCAAUUUGUGGCAGAAACACACAUUGUUCUUCUGUUUAAUGGUGGUGUUACUUUAGGAAUGGUCUUCCUCCAUGAAGCUGCUACUUCUGACAUGGAUGUGGGGAAAAGAAAAAUUAUGUGUAUUGCUGGUAUUGGCUUGGUGGUGUUGUUCUUCAGCUGGUUGCUAUCUGUCUUCAGAUCUAAGUACCAUGGCUACCCAUACAGUUUCCUCAUGAGUUAAAGGAUUCCAGAAUCUGUAACAUCAGAAAGGUGGCGACUCUGAAACGUCAUGGAAUGGAAUGGAAGAGCUGAUUAUGUAUGGUUCAUGCUACCUCUCUUUAUACUGAAUGAGAUAGUUAAACACUGAACCAAAGACGUGCAGUGCCUUACAUGUAACAAGCAAUUUGCUCUGAAGGACACAGAGCAUUAAGAUGCAAUCUCUUUUCAUAAGCUUUACAUCUUUUUAAACAACUCUACUUCUAGUGAAAUUCAGAACUUCAUGCUUAGAACUACAUGUCCAUAGACUAACUAGAAACAGUACUUUAAAUUCUGUUGGGUGACCUGUUCCCCAUGUUUCUUUUUCCCAUGUCACUUUAUUUCCUGUUUGUGCAUAGCAGGUGACAAUCGUGUCUCUGUCAUGCUUCUUCAUGGUUGAGAAAACAUCUUCAUAUACCUGGAAAUCUUUUCCUUUGGUCUGUGUGCAGCCCCUGGAGCAUACUGCAGAUUCCCACGUGGAAUGUGCAUAUCCUAGAGCUGUAUCUCAUUCUUGAGAAGAGUACUUAUCUGCUGUAUGAUGCAGGAGGUUGUUCCACAGAU